AUGAAAACAUCGUUAGAACCGCAAGUUAACAAGUUAUUAUAUUACCAAAAUAAUCGCCGACAAAACUUAUGCGAAUAUAAAAAUGAUCAUGUAGCUGCAAAUGAAUUAACACAAUUUGUUAGAAUCAAUCGAAAUCCAAAGAAACAAACUCGGAAGGGUUUUGGACAUUCUCAAAUGGCAACAAACAAUUUUAGUCGUCGCAACUCUGCAGCCACUGUAGAUUCAACUGUAUCUUCUACGAAUACUUUAAGUUCAGUAUUAGCUGCAAGAACAGCAACUCCAGUAGCAUUGGCAAACAAUCAUCGUAAACAUUCACUAAAAUCAUGGUCAAUGUCACAUUUAAAAAAUGACUGUAAAGUCAAUAGUAAUGCUAAGCUGAAUAAACAAAUAACUAAUUACGAGUUUACCGAACAACGUUGCAACUAUGAACGAAUGACACAACAACAACACCUGCAACAGCAACAACAACGGUCAUGGUCACCAGCACCAGUCAUACGAUGUAAUGUUUCAAAUUCAAGGACUCCAACUUGUUUGGUUGAUCAGAAUCAAAAACUACAGCACUUGAAGACUACAAAAUUUUGUGAUGCAUUAAAUGCUGAUUUUUUAGCAUUAAAUGAGUUUCGUAUGCAAAAUAGUAAAUACUGUUUUUCUGAUCGCCAUAAAAGCUUAUUACGAUCACAAACAUCACCUGCAGCGAGAUACUCUAGCGGAACACAACAAUUCGAAUUGAAUUGUGUUUUUAAUGAUUUCGACGAUGUUGGCAGUAGUAAGUCCUUGAAAGACAAUGAAAAUGUAACAAAAUCACUGGCUUCCUCAUUCUCGUCAUUAUCACUAACAACAUCGAGCACAAUGCCAUAUUACGCCCGUCAACGCAUAUUGCGGGAACAAUUAGCUAAGGAUUGUCCUCAUCGAAAGUCAAUACCUAUGGGAAUAAAUAAAAGCGCAGCUUUAAGUUAUCAAUUAUAA